UCCAGCUCUCCACCUUAUUAUCUCAGAUUCUCUAACAUCUGCAGUUCCUGCUAUCUCUGCAUGUUUUCUUUGACUGAGGGUGGAAAGAGGAGGAGGGGAAAGGUCAUAUUGACAAUCGCGAUCGAACCAAAAGUGGGUGGAGGAAGGGGCGGGAUGCAUUUGCCUUUCGGAAAGGGGGAGAGGAAAAAGAAAGCCGGCAGCGGAGGAGGGGCAGUCGGUUCUGCACGGCAAGGAAAGGGGUCGCGUGACAUGUGUUCGCGCUCUAGCCAACCCCCCCCAGUGCCGGAGGGGCGUUGGAGAGUGCUGGGCAGUGGAAGGCAGCAUCGGGCCACGUGAUCCGGUGGUGGUGGAGGAGGAGGAGCCGGUGGAAAGACGAGCUGGAGGUUGUCGUCGUCAAGGUUUUGAGCAGCGCCGCUGGGCGAGCAGAGGCGCGGAGUCACGCAGCAGCAGUAAGCAGCCAAUUGUCGCUCCGGUGACAAUCCACUGAGUACGGCACUGCCUGCGGGACGGGUCAACCGAGCAGCGGGGGAGACAGUCGGCAGUGAUGGGUCUGCUAUCGGAAGGGUCGCCAUUGAACUGGGACGAAACGAAGAGAUACGCCGAUCACGUCCGCAAGCAUGGCAUCAUCCAGUUCCUCAACAUCUAUCACAAAGUGAAGGACCGCCAGAAGGAUGUGCUGAAGUGGGGAGACGAGGUUGAAUAUAUGUUGUUGUCAUUUGAUCAUGAACAUCAAAAGGUUCAAGUGUUGCUGCAUGGAGAAGAGAUUAUUCAUGAGCUACAAAAUCGGGGUGAAAAAUCAAAUCCCAACCAUCCUACUCUUUGGAGACCUGAAUAUGGCAGCUAUAUGAUUGAAGGUACUCCAGGGCAACCAUAUGGAGGAACAAUGGCAGAUUUUAACACUGUGGAAGCAAACAUGAAGUUUCGUCGACAAGAAGUGUUUUCCUUAUUGAAAGUGAAUGAGACCAUCUGCACCAUCACUACUUUCCCCAGGCUGGGAUGUCAUCAGUUCACACAACCUGUACAUGAGCCGAAACCAGUUGAAAGUGGAGCAUCUAAAUCACUGUUUUUUCCUGAUGAAGCAAUUAACAAACAUCCAAGAUUUAGUACUUUGACGAGGAAUAUUCGGCACAGGCGCGGAGAAAAGAUAGCCAUUAACGUCCCAAUUUAUAAGGACAGAUGUGUUUCUUCUCCGUUUGUUGAAAAAUUUGUCAAUGAUGAUGGCGAAGCAGCAAGAGCAACAAAACCUGAUCACAUCUAUAUGGACGCUAUGGGGUUUGGUAUGGGCAAUUGCUGUCUUCAGGUGACAUUCCAAGCAUGUAGCAUCUCGGAAGCCAGGUAUCUGUAUGAUCAGCUCGCCACAAUUUGCCCUAUUGUGAUGGCUUUGAGUGCUGCUUCACCAUUUUAUAGAGGUUACGUGUCUGACAUUGAUUGUCGCUGGGGUGUAAUUUCAGCCUCUGUAGAUGACCGAACCAGGGAAGAAAGAGGUUUGGAGCCUCGUAAGCACAGCAAGUACAGGAUCAGUAAAUCCAGGUAUGACUCCAUUGAUAGUUACCUGUCGAAAUGUGGUGAAAAAUAUAAUGACCUAGAAUUAACAGUCGAUGAUGAAAUCUACAAGCAACUUCGAGAAGGAGGUAUUGAUCAUCUCCUAGCACAACAUAUAGCUCAUCUUUUUAUUCGUGAUCCUUUGACACUGUAUGCCGAAAAGAUAAACAUGGAUGACGCGAAUGAAUCUGACCACUUUGAGAACAUACAAUCCACAAAUUGGCAAACCAUGCGAUUCAAGCCUCCACCCCCAAAUUCUGAAAUUGGUUGGAGAGUGGAAUUUCGACCGAUGGAGGUCCAAUUGACAGAUUUUGAGAAUUCUGCAUAUGUGGUCUUUGUUGUGCUGUUAACCAGAGUGAUCCUUUCAUACAAGUUGGAUUUUCUUAUUCCACUCUCAAAAGUGGAUGAAAACUUGAUUGUGGCUCAAAAGCGUGAUGCUGUACGCCAAGGGAUGUUCUACUUCAGGAAAGAUAUUUACAAAGCUGGAAACCCAGUUGUCGAUGGCUGUGCUUGUACACAAAAUGGGAUCGAUUUGGAUUCGGAAGAAUAUGCAUUAAUGAGCAUAGACACAAUUAUUAAUGGAAAGACACAGACUGCUUCAGAAUCUGAGGAGUCUCAAAUGGUGCUGAACAUUUUGCAAUCAUUGAAUAUCCCCACUUCCAACCUUGUAAUGGAGUGGUCACUGGUGAAGCGCCUGAAGAUGGUUAGGCCUAGUACACUACUCUGAGGAUCUCCUGCAGAUAUGUCCGGGAGCUGAGCUGACAGACUUCCAAUGACCACACCAUCUUCCAAUGUGCCAGGUAUGACUCCAGUCAGCAAAGAGUUGUUGCCCGAUUCCCAUUGGCUUCAGUUUUGCUUGGGCUCCUUGCUGCCACACUAGAUCAAAUGCACCCUUGAUGUCAAGAUCUGUCACUUGGGUCACGUCUAGAAUCUAACUCUCUUGUCCACGUUUGAACCAGGGCUGUGAUUAGGUCAGGAACUGAGUGGCCCUGGUAGAACCCAAACAAGUAUCAGUGAGCAGCUACCUUCUGUUUAAAGAUACCUUCUAUCACAGAGAGUAGAUGGGGCAGUAAUUGGCUGGGUUGGAUUUGUCCUGCUUUUUGUGUACAAGAUAGACCUGGACAAUUUUCUACAAUUUUAGGUAGAUGUCAGUCUUCUAACUGUACUGAAACCGCUCAGCUAGGGGUGUACAGGUUUUGGAGCACAAGUCUUCUGUACUAUUACAGAAUAUUGUCAAAGCUUAUAGCCUUUGAAGUAUCUAAUCCCUCCGUCUGUUUCUUGAUACCACAUGAAGUGAAAGGAAUUGGUGGAAGAUGGGCAUGUGAGAUGCUGGGGACCUCCUGGAGGAGGCUGAAAUGAAUCAUUCACUUAACACUUCUGGCUGAAAAUUCGCUACUUGUCUUUUGCAUUUACGUGUUGGGUUCUCCCAUGAUUGAGGAUAGAGAUAUUUGUGGAUUCCCCCCCUCCUCCAAUGAGUUGUUUGACUGUCCACCACCAUUCAAGACUGGAUGUAGCAGGACUGCAAAGUUUUUAGAUCUGGUCUGUCAGUUGUGGGAUUGCUUAGUCCUGUUUAUCACCUAUACUUCUGCUGUUUUGGCAUGCAAGUAGACCUGUUUUGUAGCUUUUUUUUUUGGUAUGCCUGGCAUGCCCUCCUGCACUCUUCUUUGAACCAGGGUUGAUUCCCUGGCUUGAUGGUAAUGGUAGAGUUGAAGAUAUGCUGGCUCAUGGGGUUGGAGUACGUUUCUUGCUACCGAUGAGCCACGGUGCCUCGGAGGCACAGCUUUGAGUUGCUAGAUCUGUAUGAAGUCUGUCCCAUUCAGCAUAGUAAUUGUGCCACACAACACAUUGUAAGGUAUUAUUAGUAUGACGGCAGAACUUUGU